AUGAAAGAGACGUGGAACAAAAUCUUUGACUACAAGAGAGAUGGGAAUUUAAUAAUACUAAGUACGUAUAAAGAAUUGGAGAAAGUAGAGAACCAAAAUAAGAAAUGUUUUUCGUAUUAUAGAUGUGUGAGUACAAUUCUAUGGUUAAUUAUUUUAUCACUAAUAGCAGUGGUCAUUCUAAAGAAACAAAACCCACUUAUUGAUAUUGUGUAUAUUGAUAAUUCCGAUAUAAGUAGUGAUAAAGUGGUAUCAUGCUACUAUAAUACUCCUGCCAAUGAUGAUGCUUCUCAGUUACUACCCUCCAACAUCAACCCUCAUCUGUGUACUCACAUCAAUGUUGCCUUUGCACAGGUGAAAAAUAAACAAAUUUAUUUAACUGAUUUGCAAAUUAAAACUAUAGCAGAUGUCCUACAAAUAAAAAACAAAAAUCCAAAUUUAAAAGUUUUGCUAUCUGUGGGAGGAGCUGGUAAUAAUGAAGGAUUUUCAGAUAUGGUAGUAAAUCACAUAGCUAGAAAAGAGUUUAUAAAGUCUAUAAAAUACACAUUAAGAAAUUAUACUUUAGAUGGCAUAGAUUUAGACUGGGAAUUUCCUGCCCUUCAUCAAUAUAGCAGAGACGCAGGCAAGAGGGAAAGGCAGCACUUCUCACAGUUGCUGAGAGAGAUAAGGAUGGAGUAUAUUAGAGAGAAGAGGAAUUACAUGCUCACAGUGGCUUUAGCUGCACCUCAGAUAAUUGUUGAUGUGGCAUAUGAUGUCGAUCAAAUCAACUUGUAUGUGGAUUAUGCAAACAUAAUGACGUAUGACUUUCAUUAUUAUACACAGUAUACACCAUUCACAGGACUAAAUUCACCAUUAUAUGCUAGAAAUUCUGAGUAUUUCUACAUGGGGACUCUUAAUAUUAACUAUACAAUACAAAUGUAUCUAAGUAAAGGUUUAAAUGAAAGUAAAAUUGUUGUGGGUAUACCAACUUAUGGCCACAGCUUUACCCUAGUAAAUGAAGAUAAUGCAGACAUUGGGAGCCCGGCAUCAGGAUAUGGUCAUGUUGGUAGUUCAGGAUUUGUAAGUUAUCCUGAGGUUUGUAAUUUUUUAAAAGUUAAUAGCAAUGUGAGUAUAGUAGAAGAGAAAAAUGCACGAGUUUCAUAUUUACAUAAAAAAACAGAAUGGAUUUCAUUUGACAGCCCUCAAAGUGUUACAAGUAAAGCUGAAUAUAUAAAAAAGCUCAAGCUGAGAGGAGCCAUGAUCUAUGCACUGAACUCGGAUGACUAUAAAGGACUCUGUGGGAAUAUACUUUUCAGCAAUGUCAGUGAUAACUUUCCCUUGUCUGCUUCUAUUAGAAAUAUUAUCCUAACAUGA